AACACCACACAGCGCAUGCGCGCGUUCCAUUUGCGCCCGGCGCGGGUCGGGAGCGCGGAGGUUGGGAGAGGCGCGGCGUUGCCAGUGCGCCUGCGUAGGCGGCCGUCUUGGCCGCGCUCCCUAACCGUCUCGGCAUCGCGGUUUGAAUUGUGCUUCAUGGCCCCGGUAUUCAAGUCUCAUUCUACCGAGGACACCUCGGGCUCUCGGAGACUGGCCCGCGGCUCGUCCGGGAGUCCGCCCACCACUGAGCAGGCCGGACGCUCUCACUCCAGAGGCCGUGAGGGCCUCAAGCCUUCGUGGGCCGCGUCGGACCCGGGCGCUGCUUGCCGCCUGAGGCGCUCUGGCUCUCGAGAGCGGCCCCCGGCGCUGCACGACUAUGCCUUCUCGUCGUCUUUAAGCUACUACGGCGGAUACCUCCACUAUCACCAUCACCACCACUACGCCGGCGACCGGCCGUGGGUGGAAGACUAUGAGGAGAAGGAGGAGAGUUACAGGCACAGGAGGCUGAAGGAGAGAGAGAGGAUUGGGGAGCUGGGGGCGCCUGAGGUGUGGGGGUUGUCUCCCAAGCUUCCCGAACCGGAUUCUGAUGAGCAUACCCCAGUUGAAGACGAAGAGGACAAGAACCAAAAGAGUAGUGGUUCGGAUUCCACCUCCAAAGAAAAAAGGAAAAAGACCAGUCGUGCACAAAACAAGAAAAAAGGAAAGAAAAAGACCAAAAGAAAACAUAAGAGCUAUUCUGGUAAUAAUGACAGUAAUUCAGACUCUGACACCAAUUCCAGCCCUGAUGAUGACGAUGAAAAGAGAAUCAAAAAAGCCAAGAAGAAAGAGAAGAAGAAAAAACAGAGAGUCAAGAAAAAGAAGAAAAAGAAUAAGAGGUCUAGAAAAGAAUCCAGUGACUCAAGCUGGAAAGGCUCGGAGGAGGAGUUGCCAGAAGGUGUGUGGAUGGAGCAGUCAAAGAUUGUAGAGACCAUGGAUUUAAUAGGCCCAGAAGCACCUAUGAAACAUUUUAAUCAGGACGAAAAACCUUUGAACUAUGGCCAUGCUCUGCUCCCUGGUGAAGGUGCUGCUAUGGCUGAGUACGUGAAAGCAGGAAAGCGAAUCCCACGAAGAGGUGAAAUUGGGCUAACAAGUGAAGAGAUCGCUUCGUUUGAGUGCUCGGGUUAUGUCAUGAGUGGGAGCAGGCAUCGCAGGAUGGAGGCUGUGCGGCUGCGGAAAGAGAACCAGAUCUACAGUGCUGAUGAGAAAAGAGCCCUUGCAUCCUUCAACCAAGAAGAGAGACGGAAGAGGGAGAAUAAAAUUUUAGCUAGUUUUCGGGAGAUGGUGUACAGAAAGACGAAAGGGAAAGAUGACAAGUGAGGACUUGGUUUUUGUAUGGCAGGACUUGAAGCAGUUUCAUGAGACCAAGAUAGUUUUUAAAGCCCUACAGGGCUGCUCACUAUUCAGUGGGUCCCUCAGGAAAAAGCUGCUAUUACGGAUAUCUUUAGCAAUUUAAUUUUUGGUUUCAAUCUAAAGUAAUAGGUGCACAUGGUCUUAAAAAUAUUCAGACAUUACAGGUGGAAAGUUAGUAAAAAGUCAAUCUGUAACCCCAAUCCCAAUUCUUUUCCCCAAUCUUUUUUUGGAGUCUUUUUUUUUUUUAAAUCUGUCCCUACUUCUGUGUAGCUACAAGUGUGUAUGUUAUGGAUAACAGAGAUAUUAAACUGAAGUGCUUUUUCCUCCUCUUUCUCUGAUUUGUCUCUUGGAUGGCUUCAUUGCCUCAUGUUGCCAAUCAUUUUCUUCAGGGAGGAUGAAAACAAGCUCAGAAAGAACAAGAGAUUCUAGUUGCAAUUAGCAGAAAGAGUUGUAAAAGAUUUAUUGGCUCUUACAACUGGAAAGUUUUGGAGGAGGAUAGAUUACCUGUACAGCUUUAAUAGAACUUUGGUUUCUUUCUCCACUUUCUUCAUCUCCCUUCACCAUGGGUCAUUUUACUCAGGUUGGUCUCCCUUUAGAGGCAGCUGGUGAUAGCUCAAAUAAAUUGGUCCCUGAAACCUAUGUGACUUGAGUUCCUGGCUCCAAGGUCUGGCUCCAGCCAGGGUAGAUUGUUGGCAUUUGGUGAAUGAACCAAUGGUUAGGAGCUGUUUUUUUUUUUUUUUUCCUCCUUCUUCUUCUUCCAAGAUUUUAUUUUUAAAGGCAGAGUGACAGUGAGUGAGAAGAAAAGAACUUCCCAUCUGCUGGUUCACUCAGAACUCAGUCCAGCCAGGAGCAUUAGGGAACUCAGUCUCAAGCAGAGCAGCCAGGACUUGAACAAGUGCUCUGAUAACAGGGUGCCAGCAGUGUAGGCAGCAGCUUAACUUGCCAUGCUGCUAGGCUGGCCCCAGGAUGGGAGCUUGCUCUUAGUUUCUGUCACUCUCUCUCUCUCUCUGCCUCUCAAAUAAAUUUGAUGUAAGAUAAAAGGAAAAAAACCACCACCAAAUCUCCUUAGUUUGGUUAUAAUUUUCCUAGUCAACCUUCAAGUAGAAAACCAAGAAUCUGGAGAUGCAGCCUCAUUGGAUCACCUUGAUCUCAAAGCUACUCAAAAGUGCUGUUGCCAGAGAAAUAGAAUGGCUUAAUGCACCAGAAUGGGUACCUGAAUGAAAAUCAUGGCAUUAUUGGGCAGGGAGAAUAGAUAAUGUCCACUGUAGUUUUGAAUUUUUUUUAAACAGUACAUAAGCUGAAAGUAAAAAUUUUCUUGAAGAAAAACACUUUGACUAUUAGAAGCAAAUUCUAAUGGAAGAGGACUUAGGCUUUAUUCCUAAACAGAGAUAUAAAAGAAAAUGUGAAGAUCCAGGGCACUUGAGUCUUCCAAAGAGUAGAUUUGGGCCACCUUGACUAGCAAGAGAAAGAGAAAACAGAAAAUAAAGAGGAAGUAAUUGGUAGGACUCAAGAGGAGGAGAUCAGAUCAGGAGGAACCACAUGGACAGGAAAAUAGGCACUGAUGGACUGGCUAGCACCCGUCCUGGGAAAUACUUUACAGUGAGCUCCAUUCACGUCUGUGAUAAGGCUGCCUUUGUCAUUCAGUGAUAUCUGCCUGGAUCUGGAGAUUUUAGUUUAAUACUAACCAAACUAUCUCUUUUGAAUAACUUCCUGUUCAAGGCUGCAGACACUGCACUGAUAAGCCCCAUGGAACUGAGGGUGAGGGGAUGGGAUUCUAGAAUCUGGCAAGACAAUGUGAUGUGGAAAGCUACCACCACCCCACUAGAACACAUCAGCUUGAGGUUUUCCCCAAAAGAGGACAGGGGAACACUGAUGAGAACCAUGGUGUUACACACGCAUAUUUCCAUUUUCAGAAACCAUACCAUACUACAUACAUGGAUUGAUACCUUGAUUUCUUCACUUAAGUACAUCUUAAAGAUAUCUUCCAUCAAUACAUGUAAUCUCUUCAUCACAUAUCUUGCAACUAUUUCCCACAGUUAAUUUGCCUUUGGACUUACUUUUCUGGGAGAAAAGCAUCAUACUGCUCUAUAAAGACUAAAAAGAUUCCAUGACACUAGCCAAAAAGGUAUCUUUUUGGGAAAAAGAUGUGUCUGAGAAAUUGUGACUUCUAAGUAAAC